UUCAUCUUCGGAUCUUGCCAAUCUUUCUUUACCACCCUCUCCUCUGUUUCGCAUCCUCCACCCCUCUUCUUCCCCUGCCCCCUCCGACCACCCCAACCUCUCGGCUCUCGCUCCAUGCCAAAGCCCAUCGCAGCAGCAGAUCACAACGCGCCAUGCCGCCUCCAUCCAACGCUGGAGCGCACGCGCGCACAGGUAGUUAGCUAAAGAACAAACCCAACAGCAACACACGGCCGGCACGCCGUCGCCAAGCGAGCAGAGAUCACAGGGACGACCGAGGAAGGCGACAAUGGCCGCGGCGCAGGCCCAGCUCUGCCGCGCCACCGACACCGACAGCGGCGGCGGCGAAAGCACCAGCGACGGUGACAGCGACGCCCUGGCCGCGGCAUCGGCCUUGCCCCUCUUCCUCCUCCACGACCUGGUCGGCGUGGCGGUGUUCCUCGCCUCGCACCCACUCCACGCCGUCUACCUCCUCAUCUUCGCGCGCGGCCUCGCCUCCCUGGCGGCCUUCUUCUGGCCGCUCCUGGCGUCCACGUCGCUCCUCCUCGCCGUUCUCGCCACCGCCGGUCCGUACGUCGGCGGCGGCACGGAGUGGCCCGGGAUGAAGUCCCUCGGCAGGACCUGCGGCAUUGCCGUCGCCACGCUCUGCGACGGGUUCCGCCCCGACGGCGCCGUCGCUGGCGCCAGGCUUGUCGGGCAGCUCUGCUCCUUCGUCCUCGGACCCACCGACGCCGCGUCCGUCCUCCGCGUAGAGGAGAUCAUGGGUGAGCCCUGCGACACCUCUGCUUCUUGCUUUGUCCUGGACGAGGACGAGAGCUUCUUGUUGCUAGGUGGCGAUGGGUGCAAGGAGCUUGCAUUUGAGCUGCCAACAACGGGCGGCGCCAUUGGUGGACGAAGCUUCUUGGAUUACGAGGAGUUUGGUGAUUUGAAGGACGAAAUCGAUGACAAAGUUGUGAUUUCCGAGGGUUUGAAGGACUCUGAUUCUGUGGCUGAGGAAUGUUGCCGCAGGGACACAUUAUUUUUGCAAGAAAUUACAGCAGGGGAAGAAGUUGAAAAUGGCAUUCAGGGGCAGGAGCAGGACCUCAUCUUGUCAGCCAUUGAUGAGGUCAGCGACGGUGUUGAGGAGAAGAGAUUGGAGUGUGACCCAGUGUCAGUGGAGAUCAAGAAGUCCGAGCCAGUGCAGGCAUUAGAGGUCAAGAAAUUGGAGCCAGUGGAGCCAAUGGUGGCCAAUAUAUUGGAGAUCAAGAAAUCUGAGCCAGCACAUGUGGUUGAGAACAAGAAAUGCGAGCCGAUGCAAGCAAUGCAGAUCAAGAAAUCGGAGCCUGUUGAAUCAGUGGAGAUCAAGAAAUCUGAGCCAGCUGAUUCAGUGGAGACCAGGAAUUCUAAGCUUGUGCAAGUAUUGGAUAUCAAGAAAUGUGAGCCAGUGCAAGCAUUGGAGGUCAAGAAAUUUGAGGCAGCAAAACAGCUGGAGAUCAGGAAAUUUGAUCAAGUUGAACAAGUGGAUAUCAAGAAGCGAGAGCAGGUGAAACCACGUUCUUCGAUUGCUCAACGCAUCAAGCUAUGGGAAGCACAAGUAUCUGGCAAUAUCAAGCCAGGGCUUGAGGACAAGGAGGAAAAUUCAGUUGAAUUCAGUUUGGAGAAGGAGCCAAUCAAGUAUGUGAAGCAAUGUGUGCGAUUUCAGGCUGAUCCUUGCGUCGACAAACGCAACAAUGAGCAGCAAGCGCAAGAAGUUGUCUCCUGUGAAGAAUCUACCAAUGAACAGCAAGAGCAAGAAAUUAAGGAUGUCAAAGAAUACACGCACUCAGAGACUGAAACUUCAAGUGAAAAAUGCAGCCAAAACACUGAGGCUGAAGAAAUUGCCCAUGCCGUUGCACAGGCUGAAGAAGAGCUACAACAAGGCUGCAAAGAUGCGCAGCCUGAACCAGAGCUGCACGAGCAGGUGUACGAAAUCGCGCAACCUGAGCAAGAACUGCAAGAAAUGGAGGAGGUGUACACGGACGUGACGGCGUCUCCAGCCAUGUGGAACGGGAGGGAGAGGAGUUCACUGAAGUCGACAUCGAUCGCCGGCAGGGUGCACUCGCGGACCUCGUCGGAGAACCUCGUCAGCGAGGGAUCGCCGUCGUGGAAGGACAAGGAGUGGAAGCGGACGCUGGCGUGCAAGCUCUACGAGGAGCGCAUGCAGCUCCGGCUGUGCCGCGACCGCGCCGUGGUGGAGGGCAGCGACAACAUGGACAUGCUCUGGGAGGCCUACGAGGUGGGCAGCGGCAGCGGCAAGGGCAGGGCCAGGAAACGCAGCGGAAGCAAGGCGAAAGACGGGUCCGACAACAAGGUGGAGGAGGUCGUCGGCGAAGGCGAGGAAGAGGGGGAAGAAGACGACGACGAAGAGGAAGGCUCGGUGAGGCAGCUGUGCUGCCUGCAGGCCCUCAAGUUUUCCACGAGGAAGAUGAACUUCGGAGGCGGCAAGCCUAGCCUGUCAAAGAUCUCCAAGGUGCUGAGGAGGAUGACCGCGCUGUCGAGGAUGGGAUCGCGGCGCAAACAGUCUGGAUGAAGCUCAUCUCCGGUGAACGGUGACCAACGGAUGGAUCUUCUUAUUCCUGAAUGUAGUAGAAUUGCUGUACUGUCACUGUUCUUCUUGUGCUCUUUUCAAGUGCUUGUUUUUUUCGUUUUUUCAGCUUGUGUAUAUAUGUGGUGAUAUAUACCCAAUGGUUUCAGUGAGAUUGGGGUAAUUACAGGGUUGUAACUCGACCUGCAGAAUGUAAUAAACCUUAAUCCGGUGUGUGCUCUGUGAUUUUUCGUGGUUUUGGUAAA